UGACGUUGCCUGUUGCCGCCGCCGCUUCCGCCGCCACCGCCGCUCCGCCGGUUGGGUCCAGCGGCCCCGGUCUCGCCUCGCCGGCACCGGCACCAUGAACAAGAAGAAGAAGCCGUUCCUGGGCAUGCCCGCGCCCCUGGGCUACGUGCCGGGGCUGGGCCGCGGAGCCACAGGUUUUACCACCCGCUCCGAUAUUGGCCCUGCACGUGAUGCAAAUGACCCCGUGGAUGAUCGUCAUGCGCCUCCGGGGAAGAGGACUGUUGGGGAUCAGAUGAAAAAGAACCAGACAGCUGAUGAUGAUGAUGAAGAUUUGAACGACACCAAUUAUGAUGAGUUCAAUGGGUAUGCUGGGAGCCUGUUCUCAAGUGGUCCCUAUGAAAAAGAUGAUGAGGAAGCAGAUGCUAUUUAUGCAGCUUUGGAUAAGAGGAUGGAUGAACGCAGAAAAGAAAGAAGGGAACAACGAGAAAAAGAGGAGAUAGAAAAAUACCGUAUGGAACGACCCAAAAUUCAGCAGCAGUUCUCAGACUUGAAACGGAAGCUAGCAGAGGUCACAGAAGAAGAGUGGCUGAGUAUUCCAGAAGUUGGUGAUGCCAGGAACAAGCGUCAGAGGAAUCCUCGUUAUGAGAAGCUGACUCCUGUACCCGACAGCUUCUUUGCAAAGCAUUUACAGUCAGGGGAGAAUCACACUUCUGUGGACCCACGCCAAACACAAUUUGGUGGAUUGAAUACUCCAUACCCGGGGGGCUUGAAUACUCCGUACCCAGGAGGAAUGACACCAGGCUUAAUGACACCUGGGACAGGCGAAUUGGAUAUGAGGAAGAUUGGCCAAGCCAGGAACACCUUGAUGGAUAUGAGGCUAAGCCAGGUGUCGGACUCUGUGAGUGGCCAGACUGUAGUGGACCCGAAAGGAUAUUUGACAGACUUGAAUUCGAUGAUUCCCACGCAUGGAGGAGAUAUCAAUGACAUCAAGAAAGCCCGUUUGCUCCUGAAAUCUGUACGAGAGACCAAUCCUCAUCAUCCGCCAGCCUGGAUAGCAUCAGCCCGACUGGAGGAGGUCACUGGCAAACUCCAAGUGGCUCGAAACCUCAUCAUGAAAGGAACGGAGAUGUGCCCCAAGAGUGAAGAUGUUUGGUUAGAAGCUGCUCGGCUUCAGCCUGGGGAUACAGCCAAGGCUGUUGUGGCCCAAGCUGUCCGCCACCUUCCACAGUCUGUCCGAAUCUAUAUAAGAGCAGCAGAGCUGGAGACAGAUAUCCGUGCAAAGAAACGUGUCCUUAGGAAAGCCCUUGAGCAUGUUCCAAAUUCAGUGCGUUUGUGGAAAGCAGCCGUGGAGUUAGAAGAACCUGAGGAUGCCAGGAUCAUGCUGAGUCGGGCUGUGGAGUGCUGUCCAACUAGCGUUGAACUGUGGCUUGCACUGGCAAGGCUGGAGACAUAUGAGAAUGCUCGUAAAGUCCUUAACAAAGCCCGUGAGAAUAUUCCAACGGAUCGUCACAUCUGGAUUACUGCUGCCAAACUGGAGGAAGCCAAUGGAAACACCCAGAUGGUGGAGAAAAUUAUUGACAGAGCCAUCACAUCUCUUAGGGCUAAUGGUGUGGAAAUCAACAGAGAGCAGUGGAUACAGGAUGCCGAGGAAUGUGAUAAAGCUGGAAGUGUGGCCACGUGCCAGGCUAUCAUGCGAGCUGUGAUUGGGAUUGGGAUUGAGGAAGAAGAUCGGAAGCAUACCUGGAUGGAAGAUGCAGACAGUUGUGUUGCUCAUAACGCUCUGGAGUGUGCCCGAGCGAUUUAUGCCUACGCCUUGCAAGUUUUCCCGAGCAAGAAGAGUGUGUGGCUGCGAGCAGCGUACUUUGAAAAGAACCACGGAACCAGAGAAUCCUUGGAGGCUCUUUUGCAGAGAGCUGUUGCUCACUGUCCCAAAGCAGAAGUGCUCUGGCUCAUGGGAGCCAAAUCGAAAUGGCUAGCAGGAGAUGUGCCAGCAGCCAGAAGCAUUUUGGCACUGGCUUUCCAGGCCAACCCCAACAGCGAGGAGAUCUGGCUGGCUGCCGUGAAGCUUGAGUCAGAAAACAAUGAAUAUGAAAGAGCAAGGAGGCUGCUGGCAAAAGCUCGCAGCAGUGCCCCCACUGCAAGGGUUUUCAUGAAGUCUGUGAAAUUAGAAUGGGUACUUGGGAACAUUGCUGCAGCCCAGGAGCUUUGUGAGGAAGCCCUGAAGCACUAUGAGGACUUCCCCAAACUGUGGAUGAUGAAAGGACAAAUCGAGGAACAAAAAGAGCUGGUAGAGAAAGCACGAGAGGCUUAUAAUCAAGGGUUGAAAAAGUGCCCCCAUUCCAUACCCCUGUGGCUUUUGCUGUCCAGGCUGGAGGAGAAAGUUGGGCAGUUGACUAGAGCAAGAGCCAUCUUGGAAAAGUCUCGCCUAAAGAAUCCAAAGAAUCCAGAUCUCUGGUUAGAGUCUGUGCGAUUAGAGUACAGAGCUGGGCUAAAGAACAUUGCAAAUACUCUGAUGGCCAAGGCAUUGCAAGAAUGUCCCAAUUCAGGAAUCCUGUGGUCAGAGGCAAUUUUCCUUGAAGCGCGACCGCAACGAAAGACCAAGAGUGUGGACGCUCUCAAGAAGUGUGAACAUGACCCACAUGUCCUGUUGGCUGUGGCCAAACUGUUCUGGAGUGAGCGUAAAAUAACCAAGGCCCGAGAGUGGUUCCACCGAACCGUGAAGAUCGACUCUGACCUGGGGGAUGCUUGGGCUUUCUUUUACAAAUUUGAGCUCCAGCAUGGCACAGAGGAACAACAAGAAGAGGUGAGGAAGCGCUGUGAGAAUGCUGAACCUCGCCACGGAGAGCUCUGGUGUGACGUCUCCAAGGACAUAGAGAACUGGCAGAAAAAGAUCGGAGAGAUUCUUGUGCUUGUGGCAGCCAAGCUUAAAAAUACCUUCUAGAGUAUGCUGGCUUCAGCUGCGUUAGUCAUCUCUGUAGGACUUGUCUGCUUACCCGCUUUUGGUGUGUUUGCCCUUAUGGUGGCACAGAUUUCGGAGGACAGGAGAUGAGUGGUGAUAUGAAAGAUCUUUCUUCCAAAAAGAAAAGCUGCUUCCUUCUCUUCCCAGUGAUAGUGCUCUUGGCUGACACAACGUGGUCAUCAGCUCCUGCACUUCAUCUGAAUGUUGUUGCUGGCGUCGUGUGGGAGAAACAAGCAGUCUUGUGAGGCUCCCUUGGCAUUUUCAUUUUGAUGCCUGAUUUCCCCUGUAAAUACAAGCUUUAAUUAGUGCUUGUAUGGAUUCUGACAUUUAGCAGUCCCUCUGUUUUCUUCCCUAGCAUGCACCCCCAUCCUGUCCCGUCCCCCUUCGUGCAGUUUCUUUAGUGUUUGGCCCAUCUGAUGCUGGUUCCUUGUCAGCAGAUCUGUUUUGUUGCUGUUUGAAUACACUGAAUGACCUUGAAGGAGAGGAGUGGAGUUCUGCAGGGGGAAGACCAGCAGCUGAGCAGGAGGGCUGGGCUGGCCCCUUUUUUUCUUUUUCUUUUUUUUUUUUUUUAAAUAUUUUGCCACAAGCCUGGUUUAGCUUGGUCUCCUCUGCUGGCAAGCUGCAGCACAACUUGGAAGUAUUCCUCAAACCUGAGCAUUUUGUGAAUUUCAAGAGUGUAUUUUUAGAUACCUUUUCCUCAAUUUUUUAAAUGUAUAUAGUAUAACCUUAUUCUUUUAGGCGUCUGAUUUCAUUAAGCACAGUGGUAUUUUAAUGCAGCAAGGCAAAAUCCAGCAAUCCCUGAAGGCCCUUUGGAAGGAACAACCUUUAUUUAGAGCCAUUGAGAGACUGCAUGCUUUUACAGUGGCAGCUGCUUUCAGGUGGGGUGUUUGGGAUGACUCUCUUCAAGUGCAGAUGGAAAAAAGCAAAUUCAUGAGAGGAAAAGCUUUGUGUUUGGGACCCUUUCUAAGCUGUCUUCAGUUUUCUACACUUGUGAUCUGUAUUAUUUUGACCCCCAAAAAAUUACUUUCUGUGACUAUUGAAUGAGAAGCUGUAGUGUCUUACAUGUUAGGAUAUAGCAAAAGUAUCCCGGUCUGUGUGUGUGCAUUAACUAAUGUAUUUAGUUGGAGGAGAAAACCCCAUAUCACUUAUUUGGACAAUAUGUAUAAAAUAUAGCUUGGUUUUUUUGUUUCCUUAUGUUCUCUUUGAAUGUGGUCUUGCCCUUUGACUCUGACUGGGAAGAGUGGGUCUGAUAACGGAAACCUUUGAACUUAUCAGGCUCCCACCACUCUGGGAAUGUAUCUGCCAGUGGUGGUUGCACCAAGUUGUGGUACAGCCUUUUGCCAAAAAGGAUGAGAAACCCAUCUUUUAACACUGAAGUAGAAAUGGUUGGUCUGGAAGCAAAAGCUUGUUUUUCUUUGGGUUUAUAACGGAAACUGUUGUGCUUUCUCUUGAAUAGCUGGGGAAGGUAUGUGAAGCUGCAUUUUCAUUAAGGAGGGUCUAAAUCACGGAUGUCCCGUGGAAUUGUAGUUUCCCAAAGGUGAGUGAGAGGCGUCGGGAGUUGAGAGACUCUUGCUCAGGGAUUUCAUGCCAUCGUUGGCAUCCUUCCCGUAUGUGGGUUCGUGCAAAGGGGAAGGGGGAGAAUUUGGGGAGAAUGGAGACAUCAAUCUGUUGUGAAAAGAGGAGGGCGGACAUGUGGGAAGGAACAUGGCUAGACCAGGAUUUCAAGACUAAGCCAGAAACUGCAGGAGAAAAAAAAUGCUAGAAAGUAGUUUUCAGCUCAUGCUGUUCUUCCUCAGCCCCUUGUGCUUCUCACACAGCUUUUAUUCUUCCUCCAUAAUGUGAUCUGUGUAAGUGCUUGGACAUGGGGACUGAAUCCUGCUUCUCUGGGAAGGGAACAAGGCAUUUCAGUUGCUCUGGCAGUCCCUAGCUUAGUGAUGCACUUGGGCAGGUUGGGUGCUGGUGGCACGUAAAUUCCUCUGCCCUUCAGUGCUUUUGUUUGGUGGCUGUGGAGUUGAGACAGGGAAGGAUGAUUGGGACUGCAGUGGCGUGGCUUUUCUUGCUGGAGAGACUCCUGACUUGUAACGAGUGUUGGGAGCAUCUCCCUUGAGCUAAAUACUCUGCGCCCGCUUAUCAGGAUCCGUGCACUUCCCCUGCCUCUUGCUCAGGUGGCAGUACCACAACCCUUAAGGAUUUCUUGAGACAGGCUACCCAAGAGCCCUGGGAUUGAGAAAAUGCACAGGAAUGACUUGCUGGGGAAUUGCUCAUUGUGGGUGGUGAGAGAAGAGGUUGUUUCCCAGUGCUGCGUGCUGAGAUGUGCUGUAGGCCCUGGGCAAGGGGACCCGCGCUGGAUGCUGUCCUCGCAGCACCAAACUUUUUGCCACCUGCUCUUUGUAGCUGCAGCUUCCCUUUCCCCUGGCCCAGGGGGGGUUACAUUCCUUGGGUUUGCGUGGUUUGGUUCGUUGGUUAUUUUAGAUAAAAGGGAUCACCAAUCUUGGAGCUUUUUAAUGUUUGUAGAUGUCUUUGUGUUUUUUAAAUGGAUUAUGGCACCUAUUAAUUUUAACUAUAUAUACAGCUCAAUAAACAAGUUAUAUGGG